AUGGCAGAGGAAGGCGACGAUCGGUGCGCCGCGACAGACGACGGCGAUAACUACAUCGACGUCAUCGGCGACUCCGACGAUAGCGACGAUGAAAUGACAGACGAUCAUAAGCCAACGGCAGAGAUCGAUGACAGCAGCAAAAUUCAGUGGACGACGACCACAACGGGGGCAGCAGCAUCAGCAGCAGCGGUAGCAACUACCACAUCCACAGUGACGACAGCGCCAACGACAGAGACGAUGAUCACCACCCUCACCAGCACCACCACCACCAUAAUCCCUCACCCUUCAGCAAGAGUACGAAGAAGCGGCAACGAGCGAGGAGGCAAGGCCGAUCCGGAGAAGUUCAACCUGUGGCCGGCCUGGGUCUUCUGCACUCGCUACUCCGACAGACCCUCCUCAGGUCCCCGCUCACGGAAGAUCAAGCGGAGGGAUCGCGCGGUGGCCGAAGAGAAGCGACCUCGCACCGCCUUCACCAACGAGCAGCUUGCGCGCCUCAAGAAAGAGUUCGACGACUGCCGCUACCUGACGGAGAACCGGAGGCGCCACCUGGCGUCGGAACUGGGGCUGACGGAGGCUCAGAUCAAGAUAUGGUUCCAGAACAAGCGUGCCAAGAUCAAAAAGUCGUCCGGAGUUCGAAACCCACUAGCGAUACAGCUGAUGGCGCAAGGUCUGUACAACCACUCGACCAUCACCGUCGAAGACUCUGAAAACGAUGUCAGGCUUACCGAUGCGGCGGAGGAGAUCGUCGUCAGUUAGGAGCAAAUGCUGCUUCUUACCAGAAGAGACCGUGAUAAGAGCAAACGUGGCCAGACCGUUAGACAGGAACAAAACGGUUUCUACUAUCAGAAGAGAUUGUCAGUUAUUGGCAAACCUUGUCUCAGAUGGUGUUCCCGCGGCGUCCUUCUCCUCCCCUCCGAGGAGAUUGUGGUCAGUUAAAAACAAACCUUGUCUCUGAACAGUAGAGAUCAUCGUUCUUUAAAAACAAAUGCUGCAUUCGAACUGAACAAAGCUUUGUCAGUUAGGAACAAACAUUUUUGCGCGACAAAUAUUCCAAAAAUCCAUCACCUCAGUCUUCUCACGACCCUAGACACUUGCAGGACAUGAAUUCGUGUUGCAGACUAGUCUCAGCCUCUGUGUGAAGAACUGGCGAGACAGGGAUGCGAGAAAGGUCAAGGGAAGAUACACUAUACUAUACCUACGCUGGACAACUGCUAAUAAGAUUUGUUUGUUUAUUUGUUUGUUCGUUUGCUUUGGUUGUUGGCCUGAAGUCAAUCCCGUAAUCGGAACCUUAGAACUUCGGACUCGUGCUGAUUGUGUCUGAAGCCAAACGACUCUUGACAGCUUUGGGGAAGGUAAUUCCGUAAUCAAAACUAGCUGUUGAUGACUGGUCAUGUGACAGACAUCACACCUGUCGUGACAAAUGUGCAGCACUUACAGGUGAACACUAGUAUGACUACACGCUCAGCAUUGACAAAUGUCAACUCGUUCCUUAUGGCAGGCGGUCAAAGACAUAAUUCACAUGUUCAUCAAAAGCAACGAACAAAACUGAGGAGCAUCUUUCGUGACUGCAGGUGCAUGUAGAUGCUUAAACCGAGUUUUAAACUAAUAACGUGCGCGAGAGACAGAGAAAGAGAGACUAUUUUGGAAAUAAAUGGCUGUGGAAACAUUGUCCAGUAUACUGGAUAUAUAUGCUGUAUCCAGUCCCUCGACGACAAUACUGAAAUUCACUUUCCAAUUCCUGGCGCCUUGCUGUCUUUCCCUUCACACUCUGCAUCCUCACUCCAUCCCAGUCAUUCUCACAAUCCAUAUUGUAAUCUCUCCACUCUCACCAGCUCCACCAGCUCACACGUUACAAUGUUACAACUUCCUGUCUCGUAUGUAAUGACCGUUACCGUGCAGUGGCAUCCUUGUGUACACACUCCUUCACUAGGACAGUGAGUCACGAGCAACACUUGUAUGUCAUGUCCGCUCCACCUGCCAGCACAAUCACAUUACCUUAGUCAUUACCGUAAAUUACCGCACCAUUUAUUAAUGGCCAAUGUUAUUGUGUAUAUGGUGAUCAUCACACUCUGAUAGCAUUGACUCUGUCAUCGUGUAGUAAUAUCCAUUGUGUGUAGAAUGUUUAAAAUUAUGCUAUAGAAUGGGCGAAGUGACGAAUGUAGAAGAGAUGAAAUGACAAAUUAUGCAGACGGGAUGGAGUGAUAAUAUGAUGAAUGUAUCUCUUACGUGGGAUUUUAUACCUUUAAAGGGAAUUGCUUGUAAAUAUGUGGAAAUCUCUCCUUGUUUCAACCCCGUGGAGGUUGGUUUUGUGAUGAUCAUGUAAACUAUCGUUAUUUUUCACAGCUUAGCUGCCGUACUGUUUGUCUUUUUUUAUAGUUAGUAAUUUAUAUUUCGUUCUUAAUGCCUGCCUAUGUGAUAGGCAAUGAAUCGUGAAAGCAACAUAGUAAAAAUGUUCAAAGCCGAACAAAUAACAAACCCGAAAGCAAGAACAAUGACUAUCGCUCGGUCGAACGAAUAAAUGAAUGAACGAGUGAGUGCGUGAAUAAAUAAGUGAAUGAAUAAACGAAAAACAUGUGCAAAAUUAUUUAUAGAGGAGUCAUUGUGAAUUUAACUUUGGAAGUCUAGUAAUGGUAGUAAAGAGCCUGUCACUCCAUAUUCAUGAGUCCCUGCUAACUAUUUUUUCCCCUCCAUUUAACUGGGUACGGGGGAUGUCACCGAGAUAAUGAGGAUCAAAGGCUACGCUUUCAGACCAGCCACCCAGCCAGCCAGCCAACCAGCCGGCACACCCCUACUCAUUUAACUGACCCACCCAUCACUAAAGCCUGUAUCACUAUCUCUCUUUUUCUUCUCAAAAGGUUUCUACCCUCCAUUACUGAUGUUUGUGAGUCUGUUCGUCGUCUACAUGCCAUCACCGAGUGACGAGCGGACAAACAGCUGCUGUAGAACUUGGUGACUGAUGUCGUCCGUAGCAUUCCUUUGAUGCCCAUGAAGCAUCUGCAUAUUUUAAUGUAAUAUUUGAUGUGAAUCUUUUUAUUUUAUUCCUUACAGCUCUAAGGAAAUCACAUUCAUGUUCACUGAGAAGUUGUUAAUAAACCAGGUACAAUGCUGA